CUUUUAUUCUAUGUUUCUCUAUGUUCAAAAUAUAUGCAUUUGCAAGGAAUAUGCAAAGCUAUGUCAUGUGCAUUAAUGUAGAUGCCAGUAGAUGCCGUGUAAUGAAUGCUUGUGGAGUUUGUAAAUAAAGUAAUUAGCAUUUGUUUUUUAUUGAAGGAGCAUUUGAUUACCACUUUAAUUGAUUAUUGACUUAGAACCAAUAGUAUGAAAUAGCCAUGAACCGACCAAUGGAAUUGGAUAUUUGGGGAGGAGAUUGGGGUUUACCGUCUAUUGAUUUACACUGUUUGGAGGUUAUGGCUUAUGCCAAAUUUUCUGCUGUACCGCUACAGACACAUGUAACCAAUAAUCCAUUUUGUACUCCUAAUGGUUCGUUACCCGUUUUUAAACACGGAAAGAAAAAGAUAAAUGGAUUUUCUGAAAUAGCAACUUAUUUACGUGAAAAGAAUUUUAGUGCCGAUUUUGGGUUGACUCCAAAACAAUGUGCGGAAAGCGUGGCAUUUUCUCAUCUUUUAAGUGAGAGACUGCAUCCUGCAUUACAAUAUGUAUGGUGGGUAGAUCGCAAGAAUUAUUUAGAAUUGUCAAGGCCAUGGUAUGCCAAAUCUCUACCUUUUCCAUAUAAUUACUAUUACCCAGGAAGGUAUGAAAGGGAUGCUAAAAAAAUAAUGGAAACUCUAUAUGAAGUGUGUUGGGAUGAUCCUGUGGUUGAAACUGGGGUAAGUACCGAGGAAUAAUUCUA